AUGCAUCUCCGCCCCGACCAUGCAGUCACCGACCUCCCAACUCUCCACGCUUUCCUUAAACAACAUCCACUCGGGCUCAUAACAACCUCAAUCCCCUCAACAAACCACCCAACACUGCAAAGCAGUCACAUCCCCUGGAUCCUUGACAAUGAAGCCGAGAACCCAGAAACACACGCUCAACCCCAACCUCAAUCCCAAUCCCUAGGAACCCUCCGCGGCCACAUUGCCCGCGCAAACCCACAAACAAAAGCAAUUAUCGACGCAGUGCAAGAACAAGCAAGUAAAACCAACCCUGCAAACCUGGAAAAUAUCGUCCCGGGUGCAUUUCCGACCUCUGAAGCAGAGUCUGAGCCCGAGCCUGCGCCAGCAUUAGCACCAGAAUUGACCGGGCGUGCAUCUAUACUCCCCGGCGAAGUCUUGAUUGUCUUCACAAGCCCCGUGGACCAUUACAUUUCUCCGAAUUUCUAUACCGAGUCCAAACCUAAGACUGGGAAGGUUGCGCCUACGUGGAACUAUGCUGCCGUGCAGGUUUACGGGCGGGCGACUGUUUAUCAUGAUGUCAAGGACAGGUCUACGGAGGAGUUUCUCAGGACGCAGUUGGGGGAUUUGGCGAGGUUGGGGGAGGUUGGUGUUAUGGGGUUCCGAGAAUCAGAAUCAGAAUCGGCAUCAGCAUCAGCAUCAGAAUCAGCGUCAGCGUCAGCGCCAGGCACAGACCAAGGCAGCCAAGACAACCGCCAAGAAAGAGAAGACGCGGCACCAGGCGAAGCUAAGACUCAGACUAAGGCUACGAGUACGGGAGUAUCCACUACAACCGAGCCCGUGACAACCGCGAAAGAGGAGAUGAACCAGGGGUCUGGCGCUAGCGCUGGAAGGGACUCGGUCACGGCGUCCCCGACGCCGUGGAAAAUCGCCGAUGCGCCACGAGAAUAUAUUGCCACUUUGCUGAAGAAUAUUGUCGGCGUUUCGGUUGAGAUCACGCGCAUCGAGGGGCGGUUUAAGGUCAGUCAGGAACGGCCGGUGAAUGAUCGCGGUGGGGUUGUUGAGGGGUUGGAGGGGAUGGGGUCAGUGAGGGCGAGGGAUAUGGCUGAUUUUGUGAGGAGGGGGAGGGUGGUGAACUAG